AUGCCGAGUCCAUCACCAAUUCCACGCUCAUCAUCUUAUCCCAACAUCCCGUCAUCAUCAGCCAAAACUCACAGUUUGAUCCCUCCUCCCUCGAACCGCUCUGUUUGCUCGGCUCGGUCAACCGCCAAACUCUCGUAUUGGCGACUUGGAAACUUUAUAAUCCCUGGAAGAAAGAGCCCAGAUUCCUCGUCCAAGCAUUCCGACUUAACAGAGGAGAGUCUUGAGGCCCAUAAUAGAAGACACGCGCCUAUUAUUCAUAAUAAAUUCACUGCGGAUGAAAAGAACGCGAAAUGCAGUCCCUACUACAAAGGACUCACUGAUGCAUCCCUUGUCAUCAACCGUGGAAGAUUUGUUUCUAGUCCUGGACGUGAAAGUCAUGCCACCACCAUGGCCACUUCUACUUCCAGCUCUCUUUCCUCUUUCAUGGUCAAAAUGCAAGAAUGGAGUUCUUGCUUUACCUUUAAAUCACCUAAUCCUACUACCUCUGUUCCGCUCAAGAAACAUAAUCGUCCUACUUCCUCUUCUUAUUUUACUUCAACUAAGACAACAAUAUCAACUUCCGUUAAGGAGAUGAAUUUGGAUAAAGAGGACGUUUAUCCGGAGAAGCCAUUGAGGGAGAGAGUAUCAGAAUCAUCCACAACCUUCACAUCCCAAUCAAAACAUACAAAUAUCCAAAUAGACAGAGGAAAGGAGUUUAUAUGGGCAAACAAGUAUCAGCCCAAAACUUUAAAAGAUUUUAUUUGCAAUCGAGAUAAAGUGAUUCAACUGCGGGAUCUGGUGGAAGAGGGAGGAUGCCGAAAUUUUAUAUUUGAAGGACCACCGGGGGCGGGAAAAAGAACCAUGAUUUGUGCUAUGCUUCGAGAAGCAUUCGGACCGGACACAGUCCAGACCAGGGAGGUAUGCAAGGUGUUUGAAUUAAAGGGGGAACUAAUAGGUAGUAUCAAAGUAAAGGUCAAGGAAUCUUCCCAACAUAUAGAAGUUAAUGUCUCUGAUUUAAAAGGAUAUGAAAAGCAUGUCAUUCUUGAACUUAUGAAGGAAACACAAAGCAAGCUAUCCAAUAAAGGUUUGCAGUCAAACCCUGACAACAGCAAAGCAAUUCUUUUAUGUGAAGCAGACAAGCUAUCCACAGAUGCCUUACUAUACGUCAGGUGGUUAUUAGAAAGGCACAAAGGGUUAAAUAACAUUUUUUUCUGCUGCUCUGAUGUCUCAAAGCUUCAACCCAUUAAGUCGCUUUGCACUGUUGUUCAGCUUUUUCCUCCUUCAAAACAAGAGAUAGUUGAAGUUCUGGAAUUUAUAGCUAAACAAGAAGGCAUAGAAUUGCCACAUAAAUUUGCUGAAAAAAUUGCUAACAAAUCCAAGAAUAAUCUUCGUCAAGCAAUUCGCUCAUUUGAGGCCUCUUGGCAGAUGAAUUAUCCAUUUAAGGAUGACCAAGAAAUAUUGACUGGCUGGGAAGAUGACAUUACAAAUAUUGCCAAGAAAAUUAUCGAAGAGCAAAGCCCAAAACAGUUAUAUGUCAUCCGAGGGAAGCUUCAAAAUCUAAUAGAGCACGACGUAUCUCUUGAAUUCAUUUUCAAGUCUCUUGUUGAAGAACUAAAAAAGCAUUCGGAUGCGGGAUUACACAGUUGUAUUGACGAUCUUUAUGAUGAAUACAAUAGAGAUGAUGGAGGAAUGCUUGACGACGAGAAGCCAUCUGUCUUUGCACGCAGUACUCGACACGAGGAAAUGGGAAAGAGGCUAAACGAUCCAGUGAGAAAGAAUGUUCAACAUUUCUUGAGGAUCGAAGAGUUUAUAGCGAAGUUCAUGAGCAGAUAUAAAGCAAGAGUGACGAAUAAUAGAAGCGACCAACAGGAUACUGCCGCAUAAAGGGAUCUCUGUGAAUCCUGGGCUCAUAUAGAUAUUCUCGCUGCAGGGACGUGGAUCAAGAUGUUAUUGAAACAAUCUGUUAUUUUUGUUUGGCAAGCUUGAAAACGUGGCUUGAAUAGUUUGCAAAGAAAAAUAUGAAAUA